AUGAACUUCCGGAAUACAUAAGUUAUUUCAUCAUUGAAAAUAUAGUUCGAACUGAUAGUUCCGUUGAGCACAUUUUUAUCAUGAAUAUUUGAAAAUUUGUCUUACAUUUAUUAUUCAUUUAUAUCUUCUAGCAAAAAUAUUGCUUUGUAAUAAUUACAAACUAUUUUUUAAAAAUUUAUUAGAAAUAAUGCUUAAAAAUACAAAAAUAAUAAUCAUUGGUGCUGGAGCAGCGGGUAUUUCUGCAGCAGCCAGAUUAAUAGAAAAAGGAUUAGAAAAUAUUAUAAUUCUCGAAGGAAAAGAUCGAAUUGGUGGUAGAAUACAUACAGUAGAAUUUUCUGAUAAUGUUGUAGAAUUAGGAGCACAAUGGGUUCAUGGUGAACAUGGAAAUAUUGUUUUUGAUCUUGCUUCCCCACACAAACUAUUAGAUUCAUCAAAAUGCUUCAAUGAUUUUGAUAGACAUAUAUUUGUUACUGCAAGUGGAGAAAUUCUUUCAAAAAAAGAAAGUGUAGAAGCAUUCAAAAUAUAUUAUGAUAUUUCUGAGAAUAUAUCAGAUUCCAUACAUAAUGCAGAAUCAUAUGGAGAAUAUUUUAUAAAUCAAUUUUAUAAAACAUUUAAUGAAAAUCCGUUUACUAGUCGUGAUAGAGCGGAACAAUUAUUAGAUUGGAUGCACAAAUUUGAUAAUUCUAUUCAAUGCAGUGAUUCAUGGUUUGAUGUUUCUGCAAAAGAAAUUACAAACUAUUGGGCUUGUGAUGGAGAUCUUGUACUUAAUUGGAAAGAUCGUGGUUAUAAAACAUUAUUUGAUUUAUUAUCUCAAAAAAUAUCAACUACCAAGAAUAAUUUUUCUAUAAUAGAAAAAAUAGAAUUUAAUAAAAAUGUUGAUAAUAUUAAUUAUAUUUCAAAUGAUAAUAUAGUUGUAAAAACGACAGAUAAUUCAAAAUAUAUGGCAUCUCAUGUUAUAUUUACUGCGUCUCUUGGUGUUCUAAAAGAGAAACAUAUGACAAUGUUCACUCCACUUUUGCCUGAAAGAAAACAAAAUGCAAUAAAGGGUUUAAAUAUUGGAACUGUAAAUAAAGUAUUCUUGGAAUUCCCACAUAGAUGGUGGCAAGAAGAGUGUGCUGGUUUUAAUUUAAUAUGGUCUAAAGAAGAUAAAGAAAAAUUUAUUACAUUAUAUGGACAAGAAUAUGAAUGGUUAUGUGAUGUUUUUGCAUUUAUUUCUGUGGACUAUCAAUCAAGAGUACUAUGUGCAUGGAUCUCUGGUAAAUUUGCAAAACAAAUGGAAUUACUUUCUGAUAUUGAAAUAUCUGAUGGAUUGUACUUAUUACUUGAAAUGUUUUUAAGUAAAAAAUAUAACAUCCCAAAAUUUGAUCAAAUACUUAGAUCAUCAUGGUAUACAGAUGAAUUUUUUCGUGGAUCGUACACUUUUAAAAGUAUAACAACUGAAAAGCUAAAUGUAGAAACAAAAGAUUUAAUUGAUCCUAUUAUAACAGCUAAUGGAAAACCUAUAAUUCUUUUUGCUGGAGAGGCGACGCACGAACAUUAUUAUUCUACUGUACAUGGAGCAGUUGAAACUGGUUUCAGAGAAGCUGAUAGAAUAAUAGAUUUUUAUAGAUGAGAUGUUUUCUGCUACCCGGAUGUUGGCUACCCGAUAUUUAAUACCGAGCAGCAUUUAUCAGGGUGCAACAGAUUUUUUCUUAUUUUCUAUUUUAAAAAAGAGGUAUGAACGUAAAAGUUAAUUUUAGUAAAAGCGUUUAUAUUGAAUUAUGUAUUCUAUUUCUAUUGAUUAGCAUGCUUCUUCUUAGGCUGAUAAAGUCUCUGCUCUAACCAGAGCCAGUUUCUUCAUAACGGAUAAACGGUAAAUUAUAAACUUACUUGAUGCUUCACAUUAUAAAACAUCUUUAUAUGAUAAAUAAGUAUAUAUUUGCAACAUAUUUUUUAAAGUAAUUAUCUCUUUUAUGCGUAAUUAUAUAUUUUUAUUAUU